CCGCGUCUCUUUGCUCGUCCGUGUUUCGUAGUAGCGAGUUCUGCCGGUCGAAAACAGCGGACAGGUGCUAGUUUCAAACUAUUCUUCGUUAGUAUUAACGCUGGCGUUGAAACGAGUCAGUAGCUUAUCGACAGAAAUGACCAGAGCUGAAUUUAUGGCUCUUUAAACGUGAGAAUUAACGUUAACGCAGUAAAAAUACGUAGAUAUUGUAUCUACAGAAAUAUUGAAACCGAGCGGAGGCCAAUUUAAAAAGUAACGCACAAUAUUCAGAAAGAUUAAAAAUAAUAAAAAGAGAAACGUAAAAGCUAACGUAACGUGUCUAAGAAGAACAUGUUAAAAUCAAACUUGUAGUUCGUGAAACGUGAAAAGGGAGGAAAACAGGAUUGAGAGAACUCGAGGAUCAUCCCCAUCGAUGUUUAUCACGGUGUGUUUCUCGCGCGUGGCGCGCAGUUUGAAUUUUCUUUAAACAUUCACACGCCAUUACGAUAUAUAUAUAAGCUGUAUUGCAAUAAUCGGUCGAAGAAUAAGGACCGCGACGUGUGUCCCUGUUCGCGAUGAAUCGAUUCGAUCGAACGAAAAGUCGAACUGAAUGAUGUCGCGACGUCAAUAGUACGAACAAAGUGAACAAGUUAGUGAUGAACAACGACGAUGAUUUGAGAGGAAUGUUCGCUGCCGGUCGUUGAUACAAGCGAAACAAGCGAGACGAGACUGGAAGCUUGAGUGGUGAAGAGUGAAAUAGUGCCGCUGCUGAUUGUCUGAUCGUCUAAUAGGAUUUUUGUGAUGCAUCGGCCGUUGCCUGGAUCGGUGAAGGAUGUCCUUGGAUCGCCAUGAGACACAACGUUCUGAAGAUCCUGCCUGUCCUCUGUUGCACGUUGCAUUUACACGCCGGACAAUUGAUCCGUGAUGCGAGAUGUUUCCUGGAGAACGGUGCCACCGCUGCACACCUCUUCGUCAGCGAGGAUUUACCAGUCGGUGACACCGUGGGAGUGCUUGGGGUACUGGGUGAUCCUGGACCACAGGGUGACAUUGAACUCAGGCUCCAGGAGCACGAUAGCCCAGUGAUUUUCUCAGCCUAUUCCAAGAAUCUAACACUCGUCAGACCGCUGGACAAAGAAGGCAUCGACGGGCCUGCCAGCGUUUAUGUAAACGUAAUUUGCGAGCGGAAACAUACACUGGAUCCUGGUUUCGUGAUACCGGUCAAUAUUCGCGUGACUGAUGCCAAUGACAAUGCACCACAGUUUGUAAAUGCGCCUUACGUUCUAAAUAUCUCUGAGGUCACGGUAGUUGGCACAAGGGUUCUUCAAGGUGUCAGAGCUGUGGAUGCUGACCAACCGGGACCAUUUUCUACUGUACAGUAUGCCGUUUUGCCUGGGCCGCAUUCGGAUUACUUCGUGUUCGUGAAUGCUUUGGAAGGCACUCUAGUUUUAAGGAAACCACUCGAUUAUGAGACUCUUGCCAAUUUCUCUGUCGACAUUCGCGCACAGGAUCAAGGCAACCCGCCUAAAUCGACGACCACGACCCUCUUUGUUAAUGUAAUCGACGCGGAUGAUCAAAAUCCUGCCUUCCAAAGUGACCAGUACAAAAUUCUCAUUCCCCGGAGCAUUAGAACGAGAAGGAUACUGAAAGUAGAUCCUGCGCCAAUAAAAGCGAUGGAUCAAGAUGUAGGGAUCAAUGCUCCGGUUCAGUAUACAAUUCAAGGAGGAAUUCUACCAUUCCUCACACUGAAUCCGGAAACAGCUGAGGUCGCCAUGACACGACCAUUGUACGAGCAUGAACUCCUGUCUCCAGCAACGAUUGUGGUCAAGGCUACGCAGAUAGACAAUCCAGACAAAUAUGCCCUUUCUACUAUAGUCGUCUCUCGAGAGGAGGAUUGGAUUGUAGAGCCCACUGCUGGUGGGAGAUUGCCAGUAAAAUUCAUACGAAGGGAUCAUCAGACUAGCAUUCCAGAAAAUACCCCUCCAGGAAGCGUUUUAUUAACGACAGGAGUGAAUAAAAUAGAUUCAAAUUUAAGAUUCUGGCUCGUGGGUGCGAUUGAGGACUUGGAGAGGUUCUCCAUCACCAAUUCCGGCGAAUUGAUCUUGAAGGGCACUCUUGAUUACGAGAGGAGGGUUCAACAUAGCUUUUUGGUUCGUGUUACGGACGGCCAUCAUAACGACACUUCCCGUGUCAAUGUAUCUGUCGAGGAUGUAAACGAAUGGGAACCGAGAUUUCGUCACCCCAGGUAUGAAUUUCACGCUGCGACAUUGAGAGAGGGAUCCAUUGUCGGAAAAUUGGAAGCUGCUGAUGGCGACAGAAACGACAAAGUCAGUCUGUCUCUCCGAGGUCCAGACGCAAGGUCAUUCGAAAUACGUGACAGUGGAGAAUUAAUCCUUAGAUCAGCAGCAACUAUUAAUGGUUCUUUGGCCAGAUUAGUGGCCGUGGCCUCUGAUUCUGGUCGUCCCCCCAGGUCCAGUAUGAUCCCAGUGAUCGUGCAUAUACCAAAUAGUGGCUCCUUGCCGAUUGCUGCGAGAGCCGCGCCUGCCUGGUUGGGCAGCAGCGUUCUCCUGGUUGCUGUUUUCGGCGCUGUUCUGGGUCUCCUUGGUGUUAUAAUACUCGUUUUAAUUUUGUACAUAUACAAGAAUAAAAGGCCAAAGACCAGUGGCUCGGUAAGCUCGGUAGGGACUGGUUACAGAGAAAAAUCGCCAGUUCCCUCUGCUCUGAGUCCAACUCCUCAAGUACUCGGGGCUAAUAUGCUCCAGGAUGCUUUGGAGAUACCUCGAAGAGGAACUCGGAUCGAGAAUACGCGUAGCAUCGAUGAAAACGACGAAGAGGCCGACGCUGGAGACGAUCUAGAGGAUGAUGAUCACGUUGAUCAGGAAAUCGUAGACGACGGUAACAAUGGCGAAGCACGUGGAAUCAAAAAUGACAGCAACGACGUUGAAAAUCCAGUUUUCGCAGCGAGGAACUACGGCGCUACUAUUAAAAGCGUAACAUCAGCUAGGCAAGUGCCGAUUUACGCAAGGCACAAGGUGGCUCCAGCUCCGAAUCCUCCAGGAUUAUCGGCAACGUCCAACAUCCCCAAUAUCGGCGGUUUGGUCCAGAACAUGAACGACUUAAGCUUAAAAACUAACUUGAACGCCGACUCUUCCAAAUCUUCCAAUUAUUCCGGAGAUCUUCCGGAUUCCUUGGUACCUGCGUGGCCUGCUUGCUCUGUUUCGCAAAGAGUGAAGAAAUUGUCCUGGGAUGAUGACGAUAGGACAGUGGAUAGCGUAGAGGUGACAGCAGAGACAAUGUCCAGAAACAAUCAGAUCGGGAACGAACGACUUAAUCUCACUGUGUAUUUUUAAUCACACGAA